GGCUUCUGUCGUCUACGGGAAAGAUCUGGAAAGAACAGCGCAAGUUUACACUUGCAAAACUGCGAGAAUUCGGCAUGGGCAAAGUCAGCCUGGAGUCAAGGGUCAAGGAGGAAAUCUCCAUACUUCUGGUUGCGAUAAAAUCUACAAAUGGGGAGACAUUUGACUUCCAACCCCUGAUCACAACGAGCGUCUGCAAUGUGAUCUGCAGCAUCAUGUGGGGAAACCGAUUUGAACACCAUGACGAGCAGUUCAAGAUUCUGAUGAAAGCAUUAAAUGAUGAGUUCAUCAAUCUCGCUGCAACUGGCCCUCUCAAUUACAUGGAACUUUUGUUUGUUAUUUGGGAUCUGUUUAUGGCUGGAACCGAAACGACGUCAACAACCAUGCGUUGGGCGAUGCUGUUUAUGCUGAAACACCCAAAUAUAUGCAGAAAGGUGCAAGUUGAGAUAGAUGACGUCAUCGGUGGAGGAAGACUGCCAGCGAUGGCUGACGCAAAUAAGAUGCCCUUUACAGAGGCGACCAUCAUGGAAAUUCAACGUUUAGGUAAUAUCGUACCACUCGGAGUUCCUCAUGCCACGUCUGAGCAAAUCGAAUUCAGAGGUUACACAAUACCAGCGAACACUACUGUCAUGUCAAAUAUCACCGCUGUCAUGAUGGAUCCGACCUACUUCCCAAAUCCGGAAAGGUUUUGUCCUGAGAGAUUCCUGGACGAGAAUGGAAGGGUCAUUAAGAACGAAGCCUUGAUUCCAUUCUCCGUCGGACGGCGAGUGUGUUUGGGGGAAUCUCUGGCCAAAAUGGAACUGUUCCUGUUCUUCACAAGCAUCCUGCAGAACUUCGACGUUAAGCUACCAGAUGGCGUGAUGGAGCCAUCAUUUGAAGGCAUUUUCGGAGCCACAUGGAUGCCUAAACCACAUAAGAUUUGUAUCUGUGCACGAGAAUGACGAAUUUAGAU